AUGAGAAAUGGUCAGGAUCUAGCACAUUACAUUUCAAAAGAGAAUUUUAAGUUAAACUAUUAAAAUAAGUAUUGUUUUCUUAAAACAGCUAGACAAGUUAAUAGUAAGGCAAUUUCUACAACUAACUUAUAACUCUCCACUGAUUAAUAAUAAUCAUUUAAUAAAGACAAUGAUACUAAAUUAAUCAUUCAGCAAAAUAAGGACAUCAUAAAUAAAUUAUCCUAACCAAAACUAAAUAAGUUAAGAAAUGCUCUUUUAAUUGGAUAAAAAGCAAGAAUUAUAAAAAUUUUGUUGAAAGAAAAUACAAUAUCUAACAAAAAGAAAUCAUAAUUGUUUGGAGGUAGUAAAAAUCUAAAAAAUCUUAAUAGCGAUUAAAAAACAAUCUUUAAGAAAAAUAGAAAAAAAAUUAGCUCAUUAAAAAGUACAAAUGUAGAGGAAAACAAAAUUAAAGUUGAAUUUGAUGAAACUUAAAAUGAAAAAAAUUAUUCUAAUACUCAAUAAGGAAAAUAUGAUAAAUUAAAUAAGGAACUAGAAGAAUUUUUUUUAAAUUGGCCCAAGUAUAUAGAAAUAAUCGACUAAACUUAGAAAAUGAAAAAAUAAAAAAUUUUAGAUGGAUAAAAAGGAAAAUAGCAUUAAAGCACUACAAUUAUCUCAUAAUCAUCAUAAACAGCUUUUCAGUUAUCAGACUAAGGUAUUUGCAUUUCUAAUAAAAAUACGUCUUCCUAAUUUGGAUAAAAAGGUGUUGAGAGAUAUUAAACUCUCAAAGAAAUGAUAAAUGCCAAAUAAUAAAAUGAAGAAAGUAAAAAGAAACAACCAUUAAAAAAAAAAAUUCUUGAUAAUGAUUCUGAGCAAUUUUUAAGAUAAAUAUUUAAAUUAAAUGAUCAUAUAGACAGUGGAUUGGAAGCAGAUAUAUUUGCAAAUCAAAAUGAUGACAAUAUAGUAUAUAGAGUAAUUAAAUUAGAUAGAGAUUAGAAUCUGACUAAAUAAGGAAGAGAAAUAUUAAGAUUUUAGGAAUUAGAAGAAUAAAAUAUUUUAAAUAUAACUAGUUCUCAUUUAAUAGUAGAUAAAAUUAAUAAGACUGAUUAUAUCAUUUAAAUUAUCUAAAAAUGUUAAAUGAGUCUUAAAGAUGAAAUAUCAUCAAAAAAAGUUUAUAGUCUUAAAGAAACUUUAAAAUUUAUUUCCACUGCAUUUCAUUUAUUGAUUGUACUUAGAUAAAAAUAUAUCUAUCAUUCAGAUAUUAAACCAGGAAAUAUCUUAAAAACUGAUGAUAAUAAUUACAAAUUAUCUGAUUUUGGUGCUUCAUAGUAAGUUGAUUUUAUUAAUCCUUUUUGUGAUUAUGAAAUGUAUACAGAAGGAUAUACACCAAAAAAUAGAGAUAAAAAUUUACCUUUUUAUCAUGAUAUCUAUUCUAUUGGUAAAACUAUCCAAAAAUUAUUAAUGUAAUUAGAAAAUCACUCAGAAAUUUAUGAUUGUUUAAAUAAAUUUAUUGAUGAAAAAAUUUGUAAAGAUGAUGAAAAUUCUAUUUAUAUAGAUUGCUUUAAGUUGCCAAGAAAGUUUAUAAAUAUUUUAAUGAAAUUUACUAAUGAUGAAGUUAUUGAGGUAUUCUUAGAGGAAUAUUUAAAAUAGAUAGAACAAUACUUAGUUAUCAAAAAAGAAAAUAAAGUAUUUCAGUAUGAAUCAUAAUAUUAAUAUGCUGAUAUAGCUCUUUUGAUUGUUUCAUAAAAAAGUCAAGAUAGCAAUAAGCAGAAUCAGUUAAAUCCAAUUAAAAUUAAGGCACUGAUAACUAAAAGUUAUAUUUUAUGUAAAAGAAAACAAUAUGAAGAAUCUCUCUAAUAUAUUAACGAAAUUUUUAGAAAAGAUUUUGAAGAUGAUAGUUAGUCAGAAAUCCUAAUAAAAUCUAUUAGAAUUGUAACUAAGAUCUUAAUAAAGCUAAAUAAUAAGACAAAAUUAUCUUAAGAAAAUUAAAAUAAACUGAUUGAAUUAAUUAAAUUAGUUAAUAUAAGUGAAGAAUUUGAUAAAUUAAAAAUAAAGAUAAUAGAGCUUCUAUUGCUAAAAUCAAAUGAUAUAUAUCCAAUUAUAAGAGAUUUUUAUGAUUCUCUUGAAAAAUAAAAUAAAAACUAGGAUUUUCAUAUGCUUGAUAGGGUAAUUAUCAAAUUGAUUAGGUAUUUAAGAAAGUAAAAUUGCUAUGACUAAUCUCUUUACGAAGUAAUUUAAUUUAUUGAAGAUGAUAAUACGAAUGAUGGUUCUUAUUACAAAUAAAAAUUACUGAAAGAAAUGGGCCUAUGUCUUUACAAAUUUCUUUUUUAAAAAAAUGAAUAGCUAGAUAUUAAAUUUUUUGUUAAAUAUGAAAAGGAAAUUUUAAUCUUGCCAUUAUUAAUUUUGAAUUGCUUGAAUAUCUAUAAGCCAAAAUCAAAUUUAUAAAUUUAUUUUGAUAAAAGUAUUUGGUAAUUAUAUUCAAUAUUUAUAAAGCUAUAAGAAUUAAAUAUUUAUAGCUUUGUUUAAUGCAAGAGAGUUUUAAAUAGUUUAGAAUAAAAAUAUAAAAAUAUAAUGGUUAAAAUAAAAAAAGAUAACUAAUUGCCAUAUAAAGAAUAUAAAAUUAAUUACUAUGAAAAGUAUCUUAAAAAAAAAGAAGAAAAAAAAUAUUAGUUUUUUAAUGAAGAAGAAAUUAGCAACAAAGAAAAAAAAAUAAUUGAAUCAAUAAGUCUUAUUUAAUAAACAAUUGGUAAGGAUAACAAAGAAAUUUUAAAAGAAAUAUAGAGUGAGAGUUUGCUUAAUUCCAUAAAUUACUUUGAAAGCGAAAGAAUAAGUCUUACAUAUUUAGGUUCUUUGGAAAAAUUUAAUGAAGAGUUAGAAUCACUUAAUUCUUAGCUCAAUUUUUAUAAUAUAAUACAUUACAAUCCAAAAAACUUGCAUGAAAAAGAUAUUAUUUUUGAAGAAAUUACGAGUUUGAAUGUUGAAUUAUAAGAUAGAUGUGAUGAAAGUAAAUUUUAAUUUGAGAAGGAAGGAUCUUUAACUUUAAGAAUAUAAACACGUGAAUAUUUUAGUUAAGAAGAUAUUUCAGUUAUUACUUUUUUUACAUCAAAUUUGAGAAAAGUACAAGCUCUCAAAUUGAAAUUCAAAUAUAUAGAAUUAGGCGAUAAUAUAUUUCCUAAUUUGUAAUCUUACUAAAUGAGUGAUUUCUAAUUUUUAGAGGAAGCUAAAAUUCUAAAUAAUAUCACUCAAUUAACACUUGAUUUUAGGAAAAGUUUAUGUCUUUAUGAGAGUUUUUAAAUAUUUUUUAUGUUUGCUAGAGAUUGUGAAGAACUUACUUCAUUAAACUUUGAGUUAAAGUUUAAAGAUAAUGAAGUAACUGAAUAUAUUUAAGAUACUCUUAAACAAAUAUAUGAUCGUUUAAAGAUUUCAUUUCCAUUUACAUGUACAUAAACUGACCUCAAGAAAAUUAUUGAUAUUAGAAUUAAUUUAAAUGAUUAAAUAAAUACUGAAGGAUUUAGAUUGAAUAUACAUGAUAUUAUUGAUGAUAUUAAAUGUCAAAUGGACAGUCCAGGUUACAUAGGCAGAGAAUAUUUAUUUUAACAUUAAUUUAAGCUUACUUAAAAAGUUGAUAAAACAGAAAGAAAGUUAAGCGAUCAAAUAUCUGACAUACCUGAAGAGUAUCUAGAUUAAAGCGAUUAAAGCGAAAAUACUACUUAAUAAAAUAAUAUUUUAAGUUUGCACCAAUAUUCUGGUUUUUUAGACUUUUUUUUUGGAAGUAGAUUUACCAAGAUUACUACUCUAUCAGAAAUUUAAAUAAAUUGGCAAAAUAUUUUUACUACUAUUGCUCAAAAUAUUGCUCAAUAUUUAUAAACAAAAUAAAAAAGUUAAUUCGAUCUUAAUCUAUUUGUUUAAGGUAGCUAAUUAUUUAAUGAAGAUUAAUGUUUUAAAAAUUGUGAACAAAUCAAUAAAUAUGUUUAAUUCAAUUGCCUUAGCAUGAUCAAAAAUAAAGAGAGCAUAAAAGAAAUUGAAUAAAAGCUGAAUAUUGAAAUGGAAUAAUUAAAUCUUUAUUUAGAUUUCAAUACAAUAUGUUCAGAGGCAGCUACAGUUAUUAAAAAUAUGUUGUAUAAGUUCAAAAGUAAUAUCAAAUUAAAGCAUAUGAAAAAUUUUGAUUUUGGAACUGUUAUGAGUUCUUUAGAUAAACCUGUAAACACAUUCAAAAUUGAUUUAUGCUAUACAUUAGAAUAUAUUUAUAGCAAGGAAGCUUAAAUGAUUGCAAAUGCUUUAGCUAAGUGCUAAAAUACCACUAAAUUAAAUCUUUGCUUAAGUAAAAGCUGUAUAAGGGAGAAAAUAAUUUAAAUUAUUGCAAAUAGUUUGGAAAAAUUUGAAGAAAUAACUGAAUUAAGUCUCAAUUUAUCAGAAAAUCAUAUUGGUAGCUAAGGAGCUGAGUAUAUUUCAAACGCUAUUAAACACUUUAGAAAGGCCAUUUAAUUAGAUAUUGAUUUAUCUAAAAAUGGUAUAAAAGAUAAAGGGGCUUAAAGCAUUGCAGAAGCUUUAUAAUAUUGUCAAAAUAUUACCACAUUUAAUCUUUCCUUAAGGAAUAAUAAUAUUGGUGUAGAGAGCAUUAAAAAUAUUGUUAAUUCAUUGGAAAUGUUCAAAAAACUAUCUUAGUUGCAUCUUGAUUUAAGUGAGAACGAUAUUAAAGAUGAAGGAGCAAAUAUUUUAGUUAGGAGUUUGAAAAAAUUUGAAAACAUGGCUUAUUUAAAACUUGUUUUAAAUAAAAAUGGUAUUUCAAGUGAAGGAGCUAUGAAUAUUUCAAAUGCUUUGAAAAGAUGUAAUAAAAUCGCUCGUUUAAAUAUUGAUUUUACAUAUUAAUAAAUCGAUGGUAAAGGAUUCAACAGCAUCAUUAACAUUCUAUUUAAAUGUUAAAAAAUUACUCACCUUAGUCUUUAUUUUGAUAAAGUAUAAAAUGAUAUGAAUGUAUCUUUGAAUAUUGAAAAUAACGAUGAACAAUCCCAUAAUAUUACUUAAUUUAGUCUUAAUUUAAGUGGUAAUUAAAUCAGUCUUGAGUAAACUAAGAAUAUUACACGUCGUCUAAAAAGGCGUAAAAAUCUAUAGAAACUAAAUCUUUAUUUGAAAGGUAAUCAUCUUGAAAAUGGCCAAAUUUAAAUAAUAGCAAAUUUCUUGUAAAAUUGUCAAAGUCUCACUGAAAUCACUCUCAAUUUAAUGAAUAAUAAAAUUUUUGAUGAAGGAGCUAAGGCUAUUGCUAAUUCUUUGACUAAAUGUAGAAAUCUCACACUUUUAAAUCUCAAUAUUUAUGGUAAUAAAAUAACUUCUGAAGGUAUAAGCAGUAUUACGAAUGCUUUGGAAAAGUGUCAAAUAAUUAGCAAGUUGAAUUUAAUUUUAGAUGAAAUCGCUUAGGGGUAUGCUAUUUCUAAUAUUUUUGCAGGAAAUUUGGCAAAUAGUGAAAAUUUUAGUGAAUUAAAUCUUCAAUUUCACAUGCAUUUCAAUUAUAUCUCUAAAAAUAUUUGCAAAUUGUUGAAAAAUUGUUAAAAUCUUACUCAACUAUCUCUUAGAUUCAAUUGGUGCUAUCAUACUACUCAAGAUCUCAUACAUCUUCCUAAAAAUUUUCAGAAUCUCUAUGAUUAAAUAGAAAAAUUAUAAUAUCUUACUAGACUUGAACUUGGUAUUAGUGAACAUUAAAUUAAGGAUGAAGGAGCUUAUUGUAUCUCAAGAGCUUUAGUGAAAUGUUAAAAUAUUACUUAACUAAUACUUAUAUUAGAGGCCAAUUAAAUCACAUAUAAAGGAGCUUAAGAAAUCGCAAGUGCUAUUGAAAAAUGUUAAAAGAUUUCUAAUUUGACUCUUAAUUUAAACUCUAAUUAAAUAUAAGACGAAGGAGCUCAAAGUAUUUCAAAUACUAUGGAAAAAUGCCUAAAUAUUACUGAAUUAGAUCUUGAUUUAAGCUAUAAUUAGAUAAGUGCGAAAGGAAAGGAUAAUCUAAAAAUAGCUUUAGAAAGAAGUCAACACAUCAUAAAAUUAUUUUAUUCUUUUGAAAAUGAUGAUGAAUUUGAUGUAUCCUUUGAAUGA